AUGCUCCUUUUCCUAAACAACCACAGUGGCGUGGAUGAUUGGUACCCGACCAUCUCCUCCUGCUCUGCCGCCUUGCUAUGCCACCCGUGCAGGAUCGCGCAGCUGGCCGGCCCCAUCAUCGUCUCCCAGUUUAUGAACUUUGCGCUGAACUUGGUCUCCGUCGCCUUCAUCGGGCGGCUGUCAGAGGAGAAGAUGGCGGUGGCUGUGCUGGCCACCAGCAUGAUGAGCGUGACGGGCUUCAGCGUCGUGAUGGGGCUGCUGGGUGCGAUGGACACGCUGUGCGGCCAGGCGUGGGGAGCCAAGAACUUCCGGGCGCUGGGCAUCACUCUGCAGAAGGCGGUCAUCACCACCCUGGCCACCACCGCCGCCAUCUGCGUGCUGUGGGCCAACAUGGAGCCGCUGCUGCUGGCGCUGGGGCAGCAGGAGGACAUCGCCGCCGGCGCCGCGCGCUACCUGCUGCUGUCCACCCCCGCGCUGCUGCUGGCGGGCAUGUUUGAGUGCCUGAAGCGCUACCUGAUGGCGCAGGGCUGUGUGCAGCCCGUCACCGCCGUGUGCAGCGUGGCGCUGGCCCUGUCGCCGCUCUUCAAUUGGCUGCUCAUCUUCAAGCUUGGGCUGGGCAUCGACGGCGCUGUUGCCGCCAUGGUUGCCAACAACGCCACCAUGCUGCUGCUGCUGGUGGCGUACCUGGUCUGGCACGAGCGCCGGCGGAUAGGCACGGCGGAGCAGACGUGGCAUGGCUGGUCUCGGGACUGCCUGCAGGGGCUGGGCACUUACUACAAGCUGGCUGUGCCCUCCACCCUCAUGGUCUGCCUGGAGUGGUGGGCAUAUGAGCUCUGCAUCUUCAUGGCGGGGUGGCUGGAGCAGCCGACGCUGCACGUGUCUGCCAUGGGGGUGAUGCUGCAGGUCUCGGGCCUGGCCUACAUGUUGCCAAUGGGCCUGUCCUGCGCCACGUCGGUGCGCGUGAGCAACGCGCUGGGCGCGGGCCUGCCCCACGGUGCGCGGCGCAGCGCCAACACCGCCACCGCCUGCACCGCCUGCACGCAGCUGCUGCUGGUUGCGGCCAUCCUGCUGGGCCGGCACGGCAUCGGCGCCCUGUUCACCAACAUACCCGAGGUGGUGGCCAUGUGCGCUGCCACCUUCCCGCUCAUGUCCGCAUCCAUGUUUGGGGACGGGCUGAACUGCACUAUCAGCGGCGUGCUGCGCGGCGCGGGGCGCCAGGAGCUGGGCGCGCUGCUCAACCUGGGCAGCUACUGGGGCCUGGGCCUGCCCACCGCCUACCUGCUGGCCGUGAAGGGCGGGCUGGAGCUCAAGGGGCUCUGGGGCGGCCUCAUACUGGCUACCUCUGUGCAGGUGCGGGCCGCCGGCAGGGCUCAAAUUAUGUUACUGUAUUGGACACCCGGCCGCCUGCCGUCCUGCGCUGCCCCCCCCGGAAGCUGCUCGAUGCUGGCAGCGCUGUUGCUGGGCGCUCUCUCCGACUUUCACCCCGCCUGCGUGGCCGCUCCACCCUGCAGGGCGCCAUCAUGCUCUUCGUCCUGA